ACGAUUAUCUAUGACCCCGAAUCGGUUAUCUGUGACAUUUGUUAAUCGAAUUAAUUAUUUGGGAUUGAUAAGAGUUUUCCAACUAUUGACAGAACGUCAUAGGAUGGUAGAGAGGCUUUCCCUCAGUCGCUGGGGGUAUACCCCGAUUUAGUAGAAAACGAUGGCUCACGCUGAACUUUGUACUCCUGAAUCCGAUCAAUUUUAGUAAGUUGGACAGAACACCUCCUGAGGAGAGAGUGAGUAACUCGGUUGCCCCCAUGGCCCUCAAAUGUUUCUGCAACUAAUCACGGGCUUACUCCGAAUGAAUCACGGCGGCAGGCAGCGGGCGUCGGGCCUACCGUAAAUCGGGGAACGCGAGUAUCUACCAGCUGAUAAAACAUUUGUGUAUAUCAAUUAUCUGCUGGCUAGAUAUCAAUUAUGCUGAUAGCUACCACUUACGCAGCCACAUUUUAUAAAAGCCCGCCCAGUCCGCCAGUAGCUACCAAAACGAACGAAUCGAAUCGCACGCGCUCCUUAGAAGUGGAAUCGAAUUUAACUCGCCUUCAGGUUACAUAAGUUGGACAACUACCAUGACGACUACGUAUGUCACCACGGGCCAGGUGCCCGUCCAGCAGACCACCUUCAUUACAACGGGUCCCCAGCAAAUCCAGACUACGUACAUCACCACGGGUCGACCACAGCCACCGCCGCCUCCGACCACCACGGUGGUGGUCACCGCACCCACCACUGGACGCUGGGCGACUGGCGCCCAAACCCAGUCCGGAACAGCUGCCUGUUUCCUUUUUGUAUACGCUGGCAUGGACAUGGCCCAGAGUCUGGGCUGGAGCUCUCUGUUCACAACCACCACUCUUGAGUUUCAGUACAGUUGGUUUAUUGGCGUCAUUAUCGGAGCUGUGGUCUCCGCCGUAACCUCAUCCUUUCUACCCAAAAUGGUCUUCUAUGGUCUCGGUGGAGUGAUGAACCUGAUCGACGCCAUUAUUUUUGUGAGCGCUCCCUACGAGUAUGAGUCCAUAUUGGCUGCCCGUUAUGUAGGCGGAGUGGGCAUUGGCCUUAUCACCGUACCCUUCCUUAUCCACAGCGCCGAGAUUUCAUCGAGCAGCAAUCGUGGCUCCUGCAGUGCAAUGGAGCAGUACGGUCUCGCCCUGGGCGUCGCUAUUCAGGUAAUCUAUGACUCACAGUGGACACAGAGCCUGGACAUGACCAUCAAUCGGGUGCACGGCAUCUUUGGCAUUGUCUUUACGGCGGUGGCUUUGGGCAGCUUGGCGGUCUCGACGGAGUCGCCGAUCUUCUACAUCCGCCAGAACCAGGAGCAGAAGGCGCGGGCCAGCCUGAAGCGACUGAUGGCCGGCUACUGGACGCAGGAGAACGGCGAGCGGGCCUACAACGAAGCGAAACUGUACGUGGUGGAGGGCAGCAGUCAGGGAGUGGGCGAGCAGCUGGGCGAGUCUCUGAUGCCGUUCAUCAAGCUGCUGCUCUUCCGUUGCUUUGUCGCCUUCUCCUUUUCGUUACCGCUCUCCUUGUCCAUGCUGAGCAGUACCUACGAGGUGGAGAACACCACCAUCGCCUGGCCUCCGGUUAUAUUCGGUAUCCUUCGCCUCAUCGGAGCCCUAAUCACCAUUGGAUUACUCGACCCGGUGGGCAGGAAGUUCGUCUCGCUGCUUGGACUCAUGUGCAUGGCCGGACUGAUGCUUGGCAUGGCUGGAGUUUACGGAGACUACUCGAACAUCGCCGACCCUUACUAUAUGUGGCAGGUGUGCCGCCUGGGCAUGGCCUUCCAGUUCUUCGCCGGACUCUUCAUCUGCAGCAGCUCAGUUUAUCUGGGAGAGGCCUUCCCCAUGCGCGUUAAGCCCUUCCUGAUUGGCCUGAUCGUGUGUCUGGAGCAGGUUAUUCACAUUAUCGUCAUCGUUUCAUUCAAUUUGGGCGCCAACUACUUCUAUGGUUACUUCGUUGCCGUGGGCAUUAUCCUGGUGGUGGGUCUGGUGACCUUUGCGGUCGUUAUGCCUGAGACCCGCGGCAUGACGCUGCGCCAGGCGGGCGAGCGCUUCCGACGGGUUCACGAUGUGAUGGCUUACUAAUUUCCUUAUAUUUCUAAUAUUUGUAAUCGCUGGUACUUGCAUUUGUUUAGUAAACUAUUGCCUUCUGCGAAUAACUCUGCUACUGUCUUUUAUGCAAAUUAAUUAAAAUAUAUUUAAUCUAAGGGAAUUUA